ACUCGUCUGCGCCAUGUUGAUCCUCGACUACACGUUAAAGAUGAACUGCUUCAUGUGCUUCGAGGAGUUCAAUUCCUGCGAGCGCCGCCCGAAGGUCCUUCCGUGCGGCCACACUUUCUGCCUGCGGUGCUUGCUCGACAUGCCGUUUACGGGGAAAGUCUGCCCAGUUGACAACAAAGAGUUUCCUGACUUGCCAGACGCUUUGAAAGAUGACUUCAAGCUGCUCAGCACUCUUCAAAGGCCCGCGGGCUUCUGGUGCCUGGCGUGCCGCAGGGAGGCGACCGAGGGCUGCGUGGAGGAGCACGCGGUGCGCAGCUUGCAGCGGGUGCGGGCCGACGAGAGCAAUCAUGAGCCGCCCGCGGUGGGAGUUGAACCCACGUCCUGGUGGACCGAGAGCGCGCACGCUACCCCGAACCCACCAAGCUUCCUUGCGACUGGUGGUCCAUAUGGCUCUCUUCAAGCACUGCGGGAGCGAGCGCUGUGGCCAUUUCCCAAACGCUGUGGAAACGCUCUGUAA